UAUAGUGUAGUACAUUUAAUUAGUUCUCUUCAAACAAAAAAAAAAAAGGAAAAAAUGAUGUACGAUUCUAUUCUUGCUAGAAGCUUUAGUCGCCAUGAGCAAAAAAGGUUGAGAUAUGGAGCUAUCAUUUGCUGCUUUAUCCUAGUAUUGUUCUUUUGCUCUUUCUUUCAGCCUUAUUUGGGACCUCUACCAGCUGCUUGUAAGUUCUAUAUUGUUUACAACUUUUCUUUUUUUUUUCUGUUUAUUUUUUCUCCUCACUUUACACAUGUAUAUAUAAUUCUCCUUCUUCUUUUUCCUUAUGUUAGUGUCAACAAAAUGCUAGCAAUCAAAGCAAUUACAAACAGCUCUGAUCACCAAAAUGUGAAAAGCAUGCACGAGAUCAAUAAGUGGCCCAAAAUAAAUUCAGAUCAUCAACCAUCAAAAAAUGCCAGUGAUCAUCUCCAAAAAAACAAUUAUACUUCACAGAAUCUUAUUCACUAUGAUUCGAAAAAUGUGAGUAGUAAUAUUACUCAUGAUCUUCGAGAAGAAAACGCAACGGAGAAGAAUAAUAAUAGCGAUAAUAAUAAUAAUAAUAAUAGUCCUCAUUAUCAAUCCGAAAAUUCUAGCAAUAAUAUUUCUCAGCAUCAUGAAGAUAUGGGUACCAUCGUCACCAAAAACGGGUCUACAACAUUAAAUGUGGCAAACUCAACUACUUCAUCACAUGAUCAUAAUAUUGCUGCAACACUGAUUGAAGAAGUAGCGAUGACAAAGAAAACCCAGCCAACAAUCAUCUGCAACACUGAGAAAUCCAGAUCAGAAUACUGCGAACUCGAAACUGAUGUUCGAAUCGUCGGAAAAACAUAUUCCGUCUUCUUUGUCACACCAUCUCAGGUAAUGGAGCCCAAAAAUAACUCCUCUUCAUCAUGGAGUGUAAGGCCUUAUGCUCGGAAAGGAGACACCACGGCCAUGGGUUCAGUCAAGAAAUGGUCAAUUUCAGCACUAACAAAUCACGAAAACGUGCCCGAAUGCACUCGAAACCACAGCGUCCCAGCCUUGUUGUUCUCGCUCGGAGGCUACGUGGGUAACAACUUCCAUGAGUUCACCGACGUGGUCAUUCCGUUGUUCAUAACUUCAAGAAAGUACAACGGUGAAGUGCAGUUUCUUGUGUCCGAUAAACGGAUUUACUUUAUGGAAAAGUACCAGAAACUACUGAGAGCUUUGUCCAAUUACAAAGUUAUGGACAUAAACGACGUACAAAAUAGCCAACAAGUGCAUUGCUUCCCUAGUGCAACCAUUGGCUUAAAACGACACCAAAAGGAGAUGACUAUUGACCCCGAACGACAUUCUUACUCAAUGAAAGACUUCAGAGAUUUUCUAAGAGAAGCAUACUCAUUAAAGAAUGAAAAAGCGAUUCAAAUAAACGAUGGUAAAGAAAGACCACGGCUUCUACUCAUAACUAGAAGAAGAACGAGAGCUUUCACCAACGCGGGAGAGAUAGUGAAAACGGCGAAGAGUUUAGGGUACAAUGUGAUUGUGGCAGAAGCCAUCUCGAACUUGCAGAAGUUUGCCGAGUUGGUAAACUCUUGUGAUGUGUUAAUGGGAGUCCAUGGAGCUGGUCUUACCAACAUAGUUUUUCUCCCUGAAAAUGCUGUUUUCAUUCAGAUUCUUCCCGUUGGAGGGUUUGAAUGGAUAGCCACAAAUGACUUUGGAGUGCCCGCAAAGAAUAUGAAUCUCAAGUACUUGGAGUAUAAGAUCAAGAAUGAGGAGAGCACUUUGAUCAAGGAUUACCCACUUGACCAUGCAGUUUUUACUGAUCCUUUAUCCAUUGGGAAGCAAGGUUGGGAUGCUUUUAAGUCCAUUUAUUUGGAAAAACAAAGUGUUAAUCUUGAUGUUAAUAGGUUCAAGUCCACUUUGGUUGAGGCUCUUCAUCUGUUGCAUGCAUGAUAU